GCAAUAUGGAAAACCUUGCACUUAUAUUCAGCAAAAACCCUAGAAGAAGAAGCUCUAGGCAUUCCACAAGGUACCUAGGAGUACGCCGGAGGCCGUGGGGCCGAUACGCGGCAGAGAUCCGGAAUCCACACACCAAAGAGAGACACUGGCUGGGCUCAUUUGACACUGCCGAGGAAGCAGCAUUGGCCUAUGAUCUUUCAUCCAUCUCUUUUAGUGGUGUUGUAAAAGCUCGAACCAACUUUCAGUACCCAUUUUUAGCCUUUUCAUCCCCUUUGUCACCAACACCGCCGCCACCGCUGCCGCCACCAACCGCUGAGUUAGAAGAGGCCGACCAAUGUGACAUCGAGAUGAGUUCUUCCAGGGAAGAUGAUGAGUCUCUUUAUAUUGCUUCCAUCUUACAGAGCUUCAGUACAAUCACUUGGAAUAUGUGA